UAUGUUUUCAUAAUAGACAACUCAGAUUUUAUUUUUGAGAACUGUCUUUGGAUUCGAUGAUUCAAAGCAUGCAAAUUUUCAAAACAAUAUUUUUAUUCCCAAAUUUGAAUUUAAUUGAUACAUAAAUCUCAAAUUACCGGGAAAUUUGAGAAUUGAGUGUGAAAAAAGAAGAGACUCAAAUUGAGAAUUGGGCGGAAGCCCAUAUUUGAAAGCCCAAAGGAAUAGGGCCCAAAUAGUUUCGCCGCCAAGACAGAGGAAGCGACCGAGGAAAUCAGAGAGCGAAGUAUUCGGGAACGUCCCCACCACGGCACCACCACCGUAUUACUUCCCAGUCCCCAUUGGUUUAGGAAUUUAAACUCAAAAGAGUUUUUUUCUUUUUUUCUUUUUUUAUAAUUAACUCCAUUGCUCAUAAAAUCUCUAUCAAUAAAAGUUUUUUGCUUUUCACUCAUUUUUCUCUAAGCAAGAUUCAAACCAUUUUUCUUAUUUUCCCUUUCUAAUUCUUCUCUCCAGGGCUUAGAAUUAGGAUCAUUGCAAGUAUGAGACUAAGGAAGGGGGAUCAAGUUGAGGUGUUGAACAAGAAGGAGGUUUCGAGUGGUUCAUGGAGUUGUGCUGAAAUUCUUUCUGGGAAUGGUCGUUCAUAUAGCGUUAAAUUUUUAUCUUCGGAUGAAGCAGUGGAGAAGGUACCGAGGAAGGCGAUUAGGCCUUGUCCUCCACCUUUUCAGGGUUCAAAUGAUUGGGAUGCUGGUGAUCUUGCUGAAGUCUUCCACAAUUCCUUGUGGAAACACGCCAAAAUAAUAACGAUUGUUGGGGUUAAUAGCUAUAUAGUUAGAAUACUUGGAUCACCAUUAGACAUCAUGGUUGGGAGCUCUAAUCUUAGAAUGCGACAGGCUUGGCAUGAUGGCCGAUGGAUUCUCCUUGGGAAGUCCAUGGAGGAAUCGGGUUCAUUGUCUAGAAAUAGGCAGAUAGAGCCAAACAUGGUGAGAAGAAAAAAUCGACAGCUGGUGGCGGGUCCUGCCGGAUCUCGAAAGAGAUUGUUGCCUAGUGAAUUCAUAAAUCACGAAGUAUUUGUCCAGAAAAGGAAAGUCGCUGAAAAUGUUGUUAGGUGUUUGCCGUCGAUAGCCAUAACUACCAAUAUGUACUCAACACAAGAGUUGAACACAGUUAGACUGAGCUCAAACUUGCCAACUGAAAAUACCGGAGUCACUACAGGUGAUGCUGGUUUGAGAGAGGGCACCCUUGUUCCAGGAACUUCAACCCACAUUCACGCAGAUAGUUGUACAUCCUCUGUCGGCAGCAAUAUUUUCACUGAUGAUUUUUUCAAUGUGCCAUUUGUUUCUGUAGCUCGUCGUGUUAAAAAAGUUGAGGAUACAGACUAUUGUAGUGAUGCUGAAUCAACUACAGGGAGGGGAGAUGAGGAAGAAGAGCCAUGCUCCUAUGAGGAAGUAUUAGUCAGAUCCCACAGGUCAGAGCUAAGUGUAUUUCGUUCUUUUAUUAGGGCAUUAUAUGCUUCUGGACCUUUAAGUUGGGAAGACGAAGGGCAGGUUUCGAACAUUCGUGCUUCACUUCACAUAUCUAAUGAUGAAUAUCUGAUGGAGCUGAGAAAUCUAAUGUCUGCUAAUACAAGGGCAACCAUAUGAUUGAUUUGAACAGUAAUUCUUUGUUUCUAAUUUUUACUUCUGUAUCCCUUGAUAUAAUUCUGUGGGGUAUGUUUUAAAUGUGCAUCAUUUGUUAGGAAACUUGGCAAGCACCCAAUUGAUUUGUAUAUACUAUUGGGAAAUGAGAAUGCCUGCUUGUUAUUAAUAAUACUUAUUUUCUAGCUCUUUUCUUUUUUCUUAUUUUGCAAUGUCAAUUUCACUCUUUUGUUUCACUGGGUCUGUUUGGUAGCACUAGGAUGCUGAAGAGUUCAUAGAUGAAUUUUGUCCUCUUCAUGUGAAGGGUCCUUACAUCUCCUCUUGAUGCUCAGGGUAUACUGUGUACUUAUUGUAUCGUGUACUAUCUAAUCUUAUAAUGUCCUCGGCAGCCUAUGGCGCACGUCAGUUGAGGAAAUACUUGGCUCCUUUUCUGGGUGGAUCAUCAUCGGAUGUGACGUCCAAAUUUCUUGCAUAUAUGCUUGCGGCAACUCAUUGGUUGAGUAAUCUCUUGCUUUUUUAUGCUUUCCUGGAAUCUAAUUCAAUUUAUGUUUGAUAGCAGUAGAGAUGCUAGCCGAUAACUGAAACAAGUUAACUGAAGAGGAAAAAAAAAGGUUAAAAGUCCUCAGUAUUUAAACAUUGUAUCCAUCAUGUUUGUAGAACUUCAAUUAAAUACUGGUUAUAUAGAGACUCCGAUCAACUCUACCCCUCACGCCUCCUCGUGGUGCUUCUAUUCGUUUGGAUUAUUCUCAAAAACAUAAAAAGGUAAGAUUUCUGUAAUUUGCACUUUGCCUCUUACUUUUGAUCUCAACCAUUACACUCAUCCACCUUGUUGUACACUUUGUUUUGUUAUUCUCUUGGGAAUCUGCACAAUGUAGAUUAAACACGGUACAAAUGCUUGCUGUUGGGGAAUGAUACUGUUCAUCUUUUAUGGUUGCAAAUUACUAAAACAACGUUUAUGCAGUGGAAAUUUGUAUUGUGAAUGAAAAAUUGUGGCCAAGAUUUUUUCAGGGGACAGGGGCAAUGGUUGUGAUGUUCUUUGCUUGUCCUCAUCGAACUGCAAUACUUAGGACUUGUAAGUACACAAGAGAAAUAUAUCUGUUUGUUUUAACUGCAAUCUACCAAAUACCUGAUAAUUUUCUUAGUGAACAGAGAUAGCUUUGAUCUUUCAUACUCUUCCGAUCAGUUGGUGAAGCAACUGGGUAAGGAGAAGAAGAAUAGCAGUUGAAAGUAGCUAUCUUCAUCAAAAGCAUCAUAGCUAUUAGGUGAUGGUGAAUGAGAGAAGUUUAUGAUCUUCUAACUCCUAUAAUUACAUUUGACAUUAUUAGGAAAAUAAUGCUUUGGUGGAUUUAAAAGCUAACGUAUUUGAUGAAAGUAAUUAAUGAUAUAGUUUCUCAACCUAUUAUCAGUGAAUGAAGCAACUGAGCAACUCAAAAUGAAAAAAAUGAGCUUAAAAUUUUAAGGGGAAUGCUCAGCUUCUCAUUAUUGCCGGAAAGCUUCAUGCUGGAGUCGGCAGCUGGUGCUGGUAAAGAGAGGAUUUUGCCCUCGUGCUUUUACACAGGCAACGUGCUUCCUUCUCCUCCACUGCUUAUAAUAAAUUUCUUAGUUAUUGAAAUCAGUAGAUUACAUUCAAUCUACAAACUCUCAUGUAUUUUAUUCACGCUUUAUAAGUACAGUAGGGAUGGAAGAUGGAAAUUCGAGCCUCAGAACCAUGAGGUCAUUAACACAUAUUUUAUGGCAAGUCGAUUUAUGCUUGUUCUGGCAAGUAGUUUAUUCACCAUUACAAUAGGAUUAUAACAUUUU